UAUAAUUUUCGAAACUAUAUCUUCGCGAUUUCUUUACUCUGUUGUUCUCAAUCUUUACACGCCCCGUCUUUAAUGGCCUUUUGACCGCUUAGAAAAAGGUGCAGCGAGCAGCUAUGAACUAGCAGCAGCAGCAGAAGCAGCAGAGGCCAGAACUGGGAAGCGAGCUCCGAGACAUCAUCACAGCUUCAUCAGCACCGAGGGAGGCUGCGUUAGACCACGUCGGCCUAGUUCUUGACCGCUAGAGCAUUAGAGAGGUUGAACCGGGAAAAGGGUGGUUGAGUUUUGGGAUUUAUGUCGGCUGGUUUUGAGUUGGGAUCUACCGGGGCCCUACUUCAGCACUCUCUUUCCUCAUCGACACCUUCUUGUUCGGCCUAUGAUCUGUUUGUAACCACUACUUGCUGCACCCUCUGCUGCUUCUGGCAGAGGUUGAAUCUGGUCUCGUCCUCUGUUUCCAUGCGGUUGAGACCAAAAAGGAGCUGUUCUGGAGAGGAGUGUUUUGGGGGGUUUCACAUAAAGCCAUUUUCCAAUCCGGACUUGUUCUUGAUGGUCAUUCCUACAUAAACAAUUAGACGCCUUUGUCAUCUUUAGAGAACCACCUGCUUCCCUGUUUUUUAAUCGAAAAUUUUGCUUCUGUGGAUACUCGAGGGGUUUUUGUUGAGGGUUUUAGCGUUUUCCUCUGCAAAUGUCUGGCGCCUGUCAACCGUUUGACAAACGUUCUUUCCUCAAGAAAGUGAGAGAUUCCAGAAUGGUGAGGAAGAUCCGGGUGUUCUGUAGAGAUCCUGAUGCCACCGAUCUGUCGUCAAGUGAGGACGAAUCGGAUCAAAUUGAUGAGAAGCUCUUUGUUCGCCUCAUCGAUCUUCCGCUUCCUGUUGUGCACCCCCAUGUUAUUGACACCGAAUGUUCAUCUCUAGAUACCAUUAGUGAUGUCAAGAACCGUCAUAAGAAGAGAAAGCUUAGUCAGAAAGGUGAUCUAAUCUCAAAGAGAAGGCCGGCAAAUUUGCGGUACAAGGGGGUCAGGCAAAGGAAAUGGGGCAAAUGGGCUGCGGAGAUCAGGGACCCAUUUCACCGGGGAACUCGAAUUUGGUUGGGCACUUACAACACUCCCGAGGAGGCUGCUAAGGCUUACGAGGCUAAGAGGCUUGAGUUUGAAGCUUCAGUCAAGGCCUCCUCUGAUGAGAAGAAGACGAAAACCCCCUCUCCAGAGACCUCUCUGUCCAUGAACAAACCUGUGGCUUCAGGAAAUUCGGAGAGUGCAUCCUCACGCACCUCCCCAUCAUCCCUCCUCGACUCAGGCACGUCAGCCUCAAAUGCCUCUGAAAGCUGUGAUGUUUCGACUGAGAGAAGCAACAAGCAGCAAGCGCCCGCCCAAAUUGCAUGUGUGGAGGAGAUACUGAUGCCCAGUGAAGCUGUGCAGGACUUUAGCUUGGGAAACGACUUUGAUAUGCUGUUCAUGGAUGACUUCGGGCAGCUCGUGGAUGAUUUUUGUGGAACAGAUGACUUCCAAAUGUUCGGAUUUGGAAAUGAGACGAGUGAGCUGCUGCCUGAUUUUGACUUUGACAUUGGAAACGACGAUCUCGGUCAUUGGAUGGAAGAACGACCUAUUAAUAUUGCCUGCACCUCAGUUUUGUAGCUAGGAAUCGGUAUUAUGGAUGUGUUUUAGAAUAUGCUUGGAACUCUAAUUUGAGCUCUCGAGAGGAGUGUUUAUUUUUAUUUUUUCCCCUGUUAAUGAAUUUAGUUUAAUUUGUUUGUGGAGUCUUGGAGGGAGAGAGGGGGAGAGAGAGAGAUGAGAAGGAUGAAAGCAAUUUUGUAAGGUGAGGAUCCUUUGGGUUUUCUUGUGCCAUGAGAGCCGUCCAAAGGUUAAUGCAAAGUUUCUAAGACGAUGUUGUUGCUCUUUGUCCUGGCAGUGUAUUGUUUGCUGUACUGUGAUACCCUUGUCGUAAUGAAGAAGGGUUUUUGUGCUU